AUGCCACGAGAAGGUCGAAGCUACCGCGGAAGAAAAAGGUCAACUUCUUCAAGUUCUUCCUCAUCAAGUUCACGUUCUCGAUCCCGAGAAAGGAAAAGGAGCAGAACUCCGAUGAAAUCAAAGAAAAGGUCUCCACGCAGAAGAUCACGAUCACGAUCUUAUAGAAGAAGGUCAAGGUCUCCAUAUCAGAAAAGAAGGUCUCCAAAAAGGAGAUCCAGAACCCCUAGGAGAUCACGAUCUCCACGGAGAAGAUCAAGAUCUCUGAGACGGAGAUCCAGAACACCAAGAAGGAGGCGUGAUUCUUAUUCUACAAGAAGAAGAUCUAGAUCAUGGUCCCCUCGAAGAAAGGGUAGAUCCCCUAGAAGGCGUGGCAGAUCCCGAACACCAAGUAGAAGAUCAAGGUCUAGGUCUGGUAAACGAAGAUCUCCCAGGAGAAGGUCAAGAUCUCCUAAAAGAAGAAACAAGUCAAAGUCUCCAAGAAGAAAAUCAACAUCACCUUUUAAGUCAAGGUCUCCUCGGAGAAGAUCACGAUCUUCUAAGUCUCCAGUUGAGAUAACAAAGAUGAAAUCUCUUAGAAAAGAUUCAGAGUCAGUAUCCCCAGGAAAAAGAUCUAGAUUAACCAGGUCAAAGUCACCAAGGAAAAAAUCAGAUUCUCCCCCAAAAAGGCCUAACUCACCACAAGCUUCAAGAUCUAAAUCACCAGUACCAGUAACUUCAACAGGGAAAUUAUCCAAGUCACCAAAGACAUUGUUGGACAGGCCAAGAACUCCUUCUCCAAAGUACCAAUCUAAGGACCACUCAUGGAGCAACAAAUUCGAGUCACCAGCUGCUAGUAAAAACCCCUCUUCUCCUUCAUUGAGAGCAUCUCAAUUUGAAAGUUCAUUGUCAGUAUCUCCCCUUGGGCAAACAAGAUACAACACAGGUCGAUCCCCUAGUCCUUCACAUGGCUUUACCAAACAAACCCAUGUAGAAUCACCUGAAAAUAAUAAAUCAGUGCAAGAGACUGAGCAAUUAUUGUCACAAAAUUAUUUGAAAGCAUUCUAUGAGAAGUCUGCUAAAAAAAGCCAAAAACGAUCAGAAUCUCCCCCACAAAGGAAUUUAUCUGUACCUGAAAUAAAACAUUCAGCAUCAUCUGGUUAUAGAAAUUUCUCACCUAAUACAUUUGAGACAUCUGAAAGGCAAAGAUCUCAAUCUCCACAGCCAAGGCAUCCAGUGCAACAUCAGAGAGAAGUGCCAGUAUCUCCGAAGCGUGUUCAAUCUGCCUCUCCAAAGAAAUUUGAUAGAUCUCCUCUGGAAAGUAGAUGGAAGGAGCAUUCAAGAUCCCCUGAACCUAAGAGAAAGACUUUGUGGGAUGAACCCGCUGGGGGAAACACACUUGAGGAUGUGAAACAUAGAGCAGAUAGUGAGACUUUUAAAACCAAAAGUCCUAGACAAUCAAAUUUAGAUUUGCAUGUAUCAAGUUUUGAUGGGCAAAAAAAAGACGGUACAGCCUCUAUAUAUACAAGUACAAGUCAUGAAAUUGAUUGGGACGCUGUAAGAAGUGAAAUGAAGAAACGUAGGGAAAAUACUUCAAGUCCGCUUACAAAAACUCGUGGUGAAAUGUCUGCUAGUCCACCUAGAAGAGCCCAUAGAGAGAGCUCUCCAAUUCCAUAUAAAAAAACUCAAAGAGAAAAGUCUGCAAGUCCACCUCGAAGAACCCGUAAAGAAAAAUCAGCAACUCCACCUAGAAGAACCCAAAGAGAAAGGUCUGCAAGUCCACCCCGAAGAACCCGUAAAGAAAAGUCAGCAACUCCACCUAGAAGAACCCAUAGAAAAAAAGUCUGA